AUGACUGCGCCUACUGGCACCCCCAUCAUCAUUUCCCCCUCUACUGAUGCCCCGGUGUCGGCGGGGACACCGGCUAUCGACGCCCCGGGCUCGGGCCCAACCGCUGGUGGUGAUACCACCACGGCUUCUCCUUCCUCGGCGGGGGAUGGAGCUAGAGAGAUCACCGCUGACGACGACGCGGCCGGCGGGGAUGAUGAAGCGACCGACGACGGUGAUGCGGAGGUAGCGAAUGCGGCGGUGGGGAAGUUCCCCGGCAAGUGGCACGUCGCGAGCGGGCUUCUCGUGGCGUUUGGCGCGUCAGUGGUCGCCUCAUGCACGGGGCUUACCUUCUUCGUGGCAGCCUGAUUCGUUGGUUCUCGUCAUGACUGAUUAACAGGACACAGCUCGCAUGGACAAGAGGGCCGACCUCCUGCCGACCAUCCCUAGCGGGAGACGUAUUGUAGCUCAACAAAAUGACGAUAAUAUUUCCCGAUGCCCGCCUAAAGAGUGUUUUAUGUUGUUCAGAGUACUUUGGUCUGACGUCAACCACCGGCAACGCGUUAUAAUGCCCGGAUGGUUCGUGCUCAUGUACUAGGCAGCAGCCAAGCUCAAUGUACCCCGUCUGUGUUCACCGACUGUACAUAGCACAAGCUUGUAGCAUAUGAUAGGUUGUGAGCGAAAGUAGAGAAGGCAUCGUUGCACGGUACCAGCCAGCAGCGUAGUACUUAACGCGAGUGUGAUGUGGUAGAUAGAGGACAGGCCCGAUGCUGUGUGACAGAUAUCACGGCAGCGUCGCCUAAUUGUGUGGUUAUUGGCAGUCCCCGAUACAGGUGGUCGAGCUUUGGGGGGGUGCAGAACAUUUGGUGCCACUAUCUCGAGCGGUUGGUCGUGAGUUCCCCCAGCACGAGCACAGCUGUUUGGAGAAUUUUUGACGUCGCUCAAGCCAAUCGACGGUGGUAUUUGGCGAGUUGGGGUGUAGAAAGGAACAGGCACGCCGGAAGGGCGUAUCGCAACAGCGACGAGCCGGCGACGAGGGCUAUACCCCGCUUCACGGGCCCAUUUCGAAGGGGUGGGAUUUCUUUCGCCCAUUACUUUCAAUGAAUGGGUGAUGUAAAGCAUAGUGAUCCAGU